CUUUGACCUCAAGCACUGUCAACAGUAAGCUGCUCAAUGAGAUGCCAGUGGGACCAAAUCCACCAGCAACCGGUUUGUCACAUGACUAGCAAGCAAGCGCUGCCUGGCUGCUAGUGUGUGUGUGUGUGUGGAUUCUUUUUAUUUCCGCGUUCACUGAGGGAGCACUGAAUGACUCUUUUUACGGCCGUUGUGUGUCUGCCUUUCACGCCGCAAAACUGCGUCGCCGUGCGGGGGGAGACUCACGCAAUCACAUCGCCCGGACCCACGCUCCCGCAGGACAAUGCUCACGCGGGUGAAAUCGGCGGUGGCCAAUUUUAUGGGUGGUAUGAUGGCUGGUGGCUCCAAUGGUGAUCAUCCAGGCGGCUCGGAUCUGCCGCUGAGAUUCCCGUACAGCAGACCGGAGUUCCUGGGACUGUCACCGGACGAGAUAGAGUGCUCGGCGGACCACAUUGCGAGACCGAUCCUGAUACUGAAGGAGACCAAGCGGCUGCCGUGGUCCACCGGCUACGCAGAGGUCAUCAAUGCAGGAAAGAGCACAUUAAAUGAGGACCAGGCCUGCUGUGAGGUGCUGAUGGUCAAAAGGAGACUUGCAGGGAGCCCCACGCAUAACCAGACCCCUAUGUCCCGCAGGAGGUCGUCGCUGCCCAACGGAGAGGGUUUGGGCCUUAGGGAGAACCUUGACAACUCUGAAGACCUGACCUUCCAUUACUGGGCGAUGUUUGAUGGCCACGCUGGUUCAGGGGUAGCUGUAGCGGCCUCUCGCCUCCUCCAUCACCACAUUGCCCUGCACUUUCAGGAAGUGUUGGAGAUCCUUUGCACACCAAACCUGUUGGCCCCAACCUGCCUGGGUGAGGAGCCUAUCAAUCAUCAUCUCACCCCGACAACCCAACGUGCCCUGACCAGGGCUGCAUCGCUCAGAGGGGCCGCAGGUGCUCCGGGUUCACCUAGCACCCCACCCACACGCUUCUUCACUGAGAAGAAGGUUUCGCAUGAGAGCCUGGUGAUUGGAGCUAUGGAGAAUGCUUUCAAAGACAUGGAUGUCCAAAUAGAAAAGGAGAAGGCAGUUUACAACAUCUCAGGUGGCUGCACAGCUCUGGUGGUCGUUUAUUUGCUUGGGAAACUCUAUGUCGCCAACGCUGGGGACAGCAGAGCUAUCAUUAUCCGGGCCGGGGAAGUCAUCCCCGUGUCAACAGAGUUCACGCCAGAGUCAGAGAGACAGCGACUGCAGUUCCUGGCCUACAUGCAGCCCCACUUAUUAGGGAACGAGUUUACACAUCUGGAGUUCCCGAGGAGAGUGCAGAGGAAGGAGGUGGGGAAGAGGAUGCUAUACCGUGACUUCACCAUGUCAGGAUGGGCGUAUAAAACCAUCGAGGACGAUGACCUAAAGUUUCCCCUGAUCUACGGCGAAGGGAAGAAGGCUCGUGUGUUGGCAACCAUUGGGGUCACCAGAGGCCUUGGGGAUCACAAUCUCAAAGUGCACGACUCUAACAUCUACAUUAAGCCCUUCCUCUCCUGCUGCCCUGAGGUCAAGGUUUACCCUUUGGCACAGAGUGAGCACGGAGCCGAUGAUGUUCUUGUGCUGGGAACUGACGGUCUGUGGGACGUCCUCUCCAACCAGGAAGUAGCAGAGGCUGUCACCUGUUUCCUGGCAAACUGCGACCCGGACGAUCAGCACAGGUACACAAUGGCAGCUCAAGACCUUGUAAUGAGAGCCCGUGGGGUGCUGAAGGAUCGAGGCUGGAGGAUAUCCAAUGACAGAUUAGGCUCUGGAGAUGACAUCUCUGUCUUCAUCAUUCCUCUCAUGUACGGCAACAAGCAGACCUAGCCAAGCUACAACACUACAACCACCGUGGAAAUAUAACCCUGCCUUGACCACCCAACUUCACCUCUGCAGUUUCCCACAUCCCUUGUGCUCUUUGAAAGUGCUUUAGUGUGGACUUCCUCCUUUGCUGUGGGAUUCAAAACAUUUCUAGUCUGAGACUGCAAUUUCAUAGGUGGAUGAUCGUAUUCCCUCUUUCUGUCCGGCCUUUUUUAUAGAAAAGAAACUGCUGGAGAAGUUGUAUCAUAAAAAGAGCUGUUGAAUAGUUAAACUACUGAUUUUUUUCCCCUCAAUCUUAAAAUUCUGUAUUUCACUGAGGAAGCCAUCUACGUAGAACUUAAUUGUGGAGCAAUGCCUAAGGUUGAGAGCAUGGACUCACAUUGGCGAGAUGGUGUUGUACAUCUCAGGAUUGCUGUUAUUAAUUAAUGCACAAUAUUUAUAAAUGUGAAAAUGUAAAUACUCCAAUCCAAGGCCUUGAGUUGUUUGUGUGCUACCUGUACAGUGUAUAAAACUAACCUGAAGACUGAUGUCUUGUAUAUAUAUGAAUCUGUUCCAUGUAGACUUUUCCUUUAGCCAGGUUCAGUCAUCUGCAGUUAGUCAUUUAUCAGCUGUUUCUCCCAAUGCUGCAGCUGCUAUAUUAGUUCAUUUGUUCUCAUUUUAUUGCAGUACUGUACUCAUUACUAAGGAAAACUACUUCCAUUGACUCUUUGAAGAAAAACAUUUAUGAAGGAAACACUAACGGGUGGAGUCUCCAUUAUUCUGAUGUCAGCUAAAUGUGACCCUGACUUACUACAUCUCAUCAUACUAUGAAAGCUAGCUCAGCUUUUACAUGAAUUCAAAUUUUAAAAAAUUGAAGAAGGAAAAACAAAGUAGUAUUUCUGUUGCACUCCUUCAAAUCCAGCCAUCUACCUCAUGAUUUUCCUCUUUUAUGCUAUUUAAGACAUGUCAUCUUAAAUACUGUACCCGUGCCAUCAUUCUUAUCUACCAUUUAGUACUUAAAUGUUUGCAGAAAUGCACUGAAGCCAACAAAACAUGUAACGGUUGUGUUUUUACAACAAAUACAGAUAUUUUAUGCUCAAAAAUCCCAUUGUCAUGCUCAGAUUAACAUAGCAUUAAUUGGUGGCAAUAUGGUCCUUAUAUAAUAUAUUCCCCUCCUUGUGGAUGGCAGGUGCCUCUAACAAUGGGAAUCCCUCUGAUUUUAAACAAAUGUGACUUUUAAAGGAAGUGAAGUGACAAAGCCUAUUACUGCAGAUACUUAUGUUAGACAACUCUUACUGUGUGUCUCUACAAUCAAUGUUUUCCACCAUUUAGUUGAUUUACAAAUGUUGUAUCUUGACUGUGUGACAGUGUGAGUCCCUGGAUGCUGUUGAAACAUGGAACAGAAGUCAUUUAAUUUAAAUGUAAAAAUGUAAAUAAGGUUUUCAGUGGACAAUUCCUUUCGGUUACUGUAAGUUGUGUACAUCUUACUGAAACAAGACGUAAUUUGUACUGUUUUUGAG